CGGUAAUGCAGCUUUUGGUUGCCAACUGUCAUUUUAGAAGUCACAGAAGAAGAAGAAGUCUUACUUUCGUGGACAGAUUUUCGGCAGAGUAAAUCAAUGGAGUAAUGCAAAUGAUACUUUAGUUCCUCUCGUUUCGCGACUUCCGCUCUGCUGAAACAUAUUACUAUUUUCCAUAUUGGAUAAAUAUUUUGGUUAAUUCCUGCAAAAUAUAUUUUACGAUAUUGUUAUUUUCCUGGAAAAGAUAGGAGAAUGGCUGCUGCCGAGGUGAACAGUAGUUCUGCUCCGGUGAUGGAGGAAAAGGAGCCUAUAGAAGUCACCACCGAAGGCGAGCACACAGAGAACUACCAGACACUAAUUGAUGCCGGAUUGCCGCAGAAAGUGGCUGACAGUCUCAACAAAAUAUUCUCUACUGGGUUGCUGGCAUACGCUGACCUAGAUGAGAGGGCCAUCGAUGCUCUGCGGGCGUUCAAUGAAGUGGGAGCGUUGUCUGUACUGUCGCAGUUCAAAGAAAGUGACCUGACCCAUGUCCAGAACAAAAGUGCUUUUCUUUGUGCAGCUAUGAAGACAUACAGACAGAGGGAAAAGCAAGGAAGUAAAGUUCAGGAAUCCUCUAAGGGUCCUGCUGAGUCCAAGAUCAAGGCUCUGCUGGCGCGGACAGGAUACACCCUGGACGUCACCACCGGACAGAGGAAAUACGGAGGGCCCCCACCAGAGGAAGUGUUUAAAGGAGCACAGCCUGGGAUUGGAACUGAGGUGUUUGUGGGAAAGAUCCCCAGAGACCUGUAUGAAGAUGAGCUGGUGCCUCUGUUUGAGAAGGCAGGCCCAAUCUGGGAUCUGAGGUUAAUGAUGGACCCCCUGUCGGGUCAGAACCGGGGCUACGCCUUCAUCAACUUCUGCAGCAAGGAUGCAGCAGCUGAGGCGGUGAAACUUUGUGACAACUAUGAAAUCCGGUCUAGGAAACACCUUGGAGUGUGCGUAUCUGUAGCGAACAACCGCCUAUUUGUCGGCUCAAUCCCAAAGAACAAGACCAGAGAGAGCAUAUUGGAUGACUUCAGCAAAGUCACAGAGGGGCUUCAGGAAGUGAUCCUCUACCACCAGCCGGAUGACAAGGAGACGAACCGUGGCUUCUGUUUCCUGGAGUAUGAGGACCACAAGUCUGCAGCCCAGGCACGCCGCUGCCUCAUGAGUGGCAAGGUGAUGGUGUGGGGGAACCCAGUCACUGUGGAGUGGGCCAACCCGGUCACUGAGCGCGACACGGAUGUCAUGGCCAAUGCGAAGGUCUUGUUUGUCAGGAAGCUUGCCACCUCAGUCACAGAGGAGCUACUAGUGAAGACGUUUUCUGCCUUUGGCAAACUGGAGCGGGUGUAUAAGCUCAAAGACUACGCCUUUGUCCACUUUGAGGACAGGGACGCCGCUGUGAAGGCAAUGGUAGACAUGAAUGGAAAGGAGCUGGGGGGAGAGGCGAUUGAAAUAAGAAUAGCAAAGAAGAAGAAGGCGCGGAAGACUCAGCGCCAGACCACCAGAAACCCAGGGAAUGCCGAUUACAACCAGCCACCGCCACGCAUGCCUCCACCAGAUAGGGGCAGGGGCCGUGGUCACCGCGGAGGCUACGCCUCCUACCCUCCAGACUACCACAGCUACGAUGACCACUACGGCUAUGACUAUCAUGACCCCUGCAGGGGUUACGAGGACCCCUACUACGGUUACGAGGACCCCUACUACGGUUACGAGGAUCCCUACUACGGUUACGAGGACCCCUACUACGGUUACGAGGAUGUGUACAGCGAGAAGGGCCGUGGCAGCAGGGGAGUUCCGCCCCCUCCUAGGGCCCGUGGAACACCACCCACACAGGGCCGAGGGGGCUAUGUGCAGAGGGGGCCACCCAUCAGAGGGCCCAGGGGUGGCAGAGGGGGCCGUGGGGGACUCUUUCAGCCACAGAGGGCCCACAGUACCCGAGGAGCCAGGGGGAACCGUGGGGGCAAUGUGGGCGGGAAGAGGAAGGCAGACGUCUUCAACCAGCCUGACUCAAAGCGCCGGCAGACCAACAAGCAGAACUGGGGGUCCCAGCUCAUCACCCAGCAGCAAGGCGCCGACUAUUCUGAUAACUAUGGUUAAGGUAAUGACACCCUGGAGUUUCACAGGGUUAUUAUGGGCAUUGGUGGAAGUAGACACAUGAAAAAGGUAUUUGACAACAAAAAAAAGUUUAGCAAUUUUUGAAUGUCUUUUUAAUCUUCAUCCCUUACAAAAAAAAUAUGAAUUGUCUGGAAUUGCAUUUUGAAAUGUGAAUGUAACCAUUUUGCUGAAUAAUUACUUGUAGUUACAUGGGACAGAUGUUUUAACACAUCACUUAUACCUAAAAGUGUAGGUCUAGCGUUUUUCUGGAGGUAGAUAAAUUGUUUUUUAAAAUGUAUAUUAUUAUACCUUUGUUUUCUUUGGGAAGCCAUAGCAGUUUGUUCUCUUUUGUAUUUAUACAUACUUUUCAAUUAAACUCAGUUGAGCAUCA